UUGCUUCAGAGGAUCUGCAUUGAUGUUAACCUUUUUUUUGUAAAAUGGAGAACGAAAUAUUCACGCCCCUUUUGGAGCAGUUUAUGUCUAGCCCUCUUGUCACCUGGGUUAAGACAUUUGGACCGUUAGCUGGAGGAAAUGGGACCAACCUGGAAGAAUAUGUGGCGCUAGUGGACGGUGUGUUUCUGAACGAAGUCAUGCUGCAAAUCAAUCCAAAGUCUGCCAGCCAGAGAAUAAACAAAAAAGUCAAUAAUGAUGCAUCCCUAAGGAUUCAAAAUUUGUCAAUUCUGGUGAAACAAAUAAAAACUUACUAUCAGGAGACUUUGCAGCAGUUGAUCAUGAUGUCUUUGCCAAAUGUAUUAAUAAUUGGCAAAAAUCCUUUUUCUGAGCCAGGUACUGAAGAAAUAAAAAAGCUCCUCUUGCUUUUACUUGGUUGUGCAGUACAGUGUCAGAAAAAGGAAGAAAUUAUUGAAAGAAUUCAAGGCUUGGAUUUUGACACAAGAGCAGCUGUUGCAGCCCAUAUUCAAGAGGUAACUCAUAAUCAGGAAAAUGUGUUUGAUCUGCAGUGGAUGGAUGUUAGUGUACUGACACAAGAAUAUGUUGAGCCUCUCUUGAAAAAUAUGGCAUUACAUUUAAAAAGACUUAUAGAUGAAAGAGAUGAGCACUUGGAGACUAUCAUAGAGCUCUCGGAGGAACGGGACUGUCUCCGUUUUCUACCUCAUGCAUCAGCAGCACAAUCACCUUGUGGAUCUCCUGGCAUGAAACGUACCGAGAGCAGACAGCACCUGUCAGUAGAACUAGCAGAUGCCAAGGCAAAAAUAAGAAGGCUUAGGCAAGAGCUUGAGGAAAAGACUGAGCAGUUGCUUGACUGUAAGCAAGAACUUGAACAAAUGGAAGCUGAGUUAAAGAAACUUCAGCAAGAGAAUAUGAAUUUACUAUCAGAUGCCCGGUCUGCCAGAGUGUAUAGAGAUGAGUUGGAUGCUCUUCGUGAGAAGGCAAUUCGAGUUGACAAGCUUGAAAGUGAAGUCAGCCGAUAUAAAGAGAGACUACAUGAUAUUGAAUUCUACAAAGCCAGAGUGGAGGAGCUAAAGGAGGACAAUCAAGUGUUGCUAGAAACAAAGACAAUGUUGGAAGAUCAAUUAGAGGGGACCCGAGCCCGUUCUGAUAAAUUACAUGAGUUAGAAAAAGAGAAUCUACAAUUAAAAGCUAAAUUACAUGAUAUGGAGAUGGAGCGUGAUAUGGACAGAAAGAAGAUUGAGGAACUCAUGGAGGAAAAUAUGACUCUAGAAAUGGCUCAGAAACAAAGCAUGGAUGAAUCAUUGCAUCUUGGCUGGGAACUUGAACAGAUAAACAGAAGUACUGAACUUUCUGAAGUGCCACAGAAGUCUCUUGGUCAUGAAGUAAAUGAACUGACAUCAAGCCGAUUACUGAAGCUGGAAAUGGAAAACCAAAGUUUACUGAAAACAGUGGAAGAACUACAAAAUGCAGUAGGUUCUGUGGAAGGCAGUAGUUCAAAGAUACUGAAAAUGCAGAAAGAAAACCAAAGACUUAGCAAAAAGCUUGAGGGGCUGGAGAAUGAAAUUAGCCAAGAGAAGCAAAGCCUUCAGAAUAGUCAAAAUUUGACUAAAGAUCUAAUGAAAGAGAAAGCACAACUUGAAAAGACGCUUGAAGCGCUGCGAGAAAAUUCAGAGCGGCAAAUUAGGCUAUUAGAACAAGAAAAUGAACAUUUGAAUCAAACGGUAGCUUCCCUGAGACAACGUUCCCAAAUCAGUGCUGAAGCAAGAGUAAAAGAAAUUGAAAAAGAGAAUAAAAUUCUUCAUGAGUCUAUUAAGGAGACCAGUAGUAAGUUAAAUAAGAUUGAAUUUGAAAAAAAACAAGUCAGGAAAGAACUGGAGCACUAUAAGGAGAAAGGAGAAAGAGCAGAAGAACUUGAGAAUGAGUUGCAUCAUCUGGAGAAAGAAAACGAAUUAUUACAGAAAAAAAUCACCAAUUUAAAAAUUACUUGUGAGAAGAUAGAGGCCUUAGAACAAGAAAACUCCAGUCUGGAAAUGGAAAACAGAAAGCUGAAAAAAACUUUGGAUAGUCUAAAAAAUCUCACAUUUCAAUUAGAGUCCUUAGAAAAGGAGAAUUCACAACUUGAUGAAGAAAAUUUAGAAUUAAGAAGAACAAUUGAGUCUUUGAAGUGUAGCAGCAUUAAAGUGGCACAAUUGCAACUAGAAAAUAAAGAACUGGAAAGUGAAAAGGAGCAACUGAAAAAAAGCCUAGAACUCAUGAAAGCCUCUUUUAAGAAAACUGAACGUUUAGAAGUCAGCUACCAAGGUCUAGACACAGAAAACCAAAGGCUACAGAAAGCUCUAGAAAACAGUAACAAGAAGAUUCAGCAGUUAGAAAGUGAAUUACAAGAUUUAGAGUCUGAAAAUCAGACUCUGCAAAAGAACUUAGAAGAAUUUAAAAUCUCUAGUAAGCGCCUAGAGCAGUUGGAAAAGGAAAAUAAGUUGUUAGAACAAGAGACUUCCCAACUGGAGAAAGAUAAGAAACAGCUAGAAAAGGAAAAUAAAAGGCUUCGACAGCAAGCAGAGAUUAAAGACAGUACUUUAGAAGAAAACAAUAUAAAAAUUAGUAAUCUGGAAAAGGAAAAUAAAUCUCUAUUUAAAGAAAUAGUUGUAUAUAAGGAGUCAUGUAUACGUCUGAAAGAACUGGAAAAGGAAAAUAAAGAACUUGUGAAAAGAGCUACCAUUGAUAAGAAAACUCUUGUCACCUUACGAGAGGAUUUGGUGAAUGAAAAACUGAAGGCCCAACAAAUGAACAAUGAUCUAGAAAAACUUGCCCAUGAACUCGAAAAAAUAGGCUUAAAUAAAGAGCGUCUUUUGCAUGACGAACAGAGCAGUGAUGACAGUAGGUACAAGCUGUUGGAAUCAAAGUUAGAAUCUACGCUGAAGAAGUCUCUUGAAAUAAAAGAAGAAAAAAUUGCUGCUUUGGAGGCUCGUUUAGAAGAAUCAACGAAUUUAAACCAGCAACUCCGUCAGGAACUUAAAACAGUGAAAAAGAACUAUGAAGCCCUCAAGCAAAGACAGGAAGAGGAAAGAAUGGUUCAGAAUUCUCCUCCAAGAAGCGGAGAAGAAAAUCAGUCUGUGAAUAAAUGGGAGAAAGAAAAUCAGGAAACUACUCGAGAAUUAUUGAAAGUUAAAGAUAGAUUAAUUGAAGUAGAAAGAAAUAACGCUACACUCCAUGCAGAGAAACAAGCACUGAAAACACAAUUAAAGCAACUUGAGACACAGAACAGUAAUUUGCAGGCUCAGAUUCUUGCACUUCAAAGACAGACUGUUUCUUUACAGGAACAAAAUACUACACUGCAAACUCAAAACGCCAAGCUUCAGGUUGAAAAUUCCACCCUAAAUUCACAGAGUACAUCUCUUAUGAAUCAGAACGCACAACUGCUGAUCCAGCAGUCGGCUUUAGAAAAUGAAAAUGAAUCUGUACUCAAGGAGCGUGAGGAUCUGAAAUCAUUGUAUGAUUCGCUUCUCAAAGAUCAUGAAAAACUGGAGCACCUGCAUGAACGUCAGGCUUCUGAGUAUGAAUCUCUGAUUGCAAAACACGGAAAUCUUAAAUCUGCACACAAAAAUCUAGAGGUAGAGCAUAAGGACUUAGAAGAUCGGUACAACCUAUUGCUAAAACAGAAAGUGCAAGUAGAAGAAUUGGAGAAAGUACUUAAGGCAGAACAGGAGAAGAUGCUGCAGCAAAAUGAAAAACAUGAAACUGUAGCAACAGAGUGUAAAAGACUUCGUGAUGAAAAUGACAGGCUUACUCAUACAUAUACUCAGCUCUUGAGAGAGAAUGAAGUUCUACAAACUGAUCAUAAGAAUUUGAAAACAUUGUUGAACAAUUCCAAACUAGAACAAACACGGUUAGAAGCUGAAUUUUCUAAACUCAAAGAGCAAUACCAACAACUUGAUAUUACAUUUACCAAACUGAAUAAUCAGUGUGAGUUGCUAAGCCAGCUUAAGGGAAAUCUGGAGGAGGAAAACAGACAUUUACUAGACCAAAUUCAGACAUUAAUGCUUCAGAAUAGAACAUUACUUGAGCAAAAUAUGGAAAGCAAGGAUCUCUUCCAUGUGGAACAAAGACAGUACAUUGAUAAGCUAAAUGAAUUGAGACGACAGAAGGAGAAAUUGGAGGAGAAGAUCAUGGAUCAGUAUAAAUUUUAUGAGCCAUCCCCCCCAAGAAGAAGAGGCAACUGGAUUACUCUGAAAAUGAGGAAGCUGAUAAAAUCCAAGAAAGAUGUUAACCGCGAGCGUUUGAAGUCUCUGACCCUCACCCCGACCCGCUCAGAAUCCAGUGAAGGAUUUCUCCAGCUGCCCCACCAGGACAGUCAGGACAGCUCCUCAGUGGGCUCAAACUCUCUUGAAGAUGGCCAGACGCUGGGGACCAAAAAGAGUAGUAUGGUUGCACUGAAAAGACUGCCCUUUUUGAGGAACAGACCGAAGGAAAAAGACAAAAUGAAGGCCUUCUACCGUCGCUCCAUGUCCAUGAAUGACCUGGUCCAAUCCAUGGUCCUAGCAGGAGGACAAUGGACAGGUAGUUCUGAGCAUCUGGAGGGUCCUGAUGAUAUAUCCACGGGUAAAAGGAGAAAAGAAUUGGGAGCUAUGGCCUUCUCUACUACAGCUAUCAACUUUGCAACUGUCAACUCUUCUACAGGCUUCAGAUCCAAGCAGUUGCUAAAUAAUAAAGAUACUACAUCCUUUGAAGAUGUAAGUCCACAAGGUAUUAGUGAUGAUUCUAGUACAGGAUCAAGAAUUCAUGGAGUACAGGACAUGAACUGUGCAGAUGCUCUUGCUCCUCCUGUUCGUGGCAUUUCAACAGUACGCAGGGUUCCUUGUCAAAUCUGUUCUUCCAGACCUGCCAGCCUUGAUAGUGGCAGAACAUCCACUAGCAAUAGCAAUAACAAUGCUUCACUCCAUGAAGUCAAAGCAGGUGCAGUUAACAAUCAAAGCAGGCCCCAGAGUCACAGCAGUGGGGAAUUUAGUCUGCUCCAUGAACACGAGGCUUGGUCCAGCAGCAGCAGCAGCCCGAUUCAGUAUUUGAAAGGUUAUACCAGGUCUAGUCCUGUGCUCCAGCAAAUAAUGCCUGAAACCCUGGAUAGUCGUGGAAAACAGAUGAAAACUGGUUCUCCGGGAAGUGAAGUAGUUACCCUACAACAGUUUUUAGAAGAAAGCAACAAAAGUACUUCGAGUGAGAUAAAAUCCACAAGUGAAGAGAAUCUUUUAGAGGAAGUAAUGAAAAGCUUAUCUGAGUCUGCGGAGUUGACAGGCAAGGAAAAACUGAGGAAACAGCCAUCAGCCAGCUGUGGCAUUGUGAGGUCAUUAAGUGUCAAAAAUACAAUUGAUUUCUCGGAUGGACGAUCUGUUAAACCAGAGCAACUUGUUAGGCCCAGCCUUCGUAAAACUGAAGACACCUAUUUUACCAGCUCUCCAAUAAAAUUUACGUCAGGUACCCAAGGGAAAGUCAAGUCAGUUAAGGAAAAGAUACAAGCAACGGUAUCGCAGCGGCAAUCAAAAGAUUGCAACCCUUAUGCUACCUUACCUCGUGCGAGCAGCGUGAUUUCUACAGCAGAAGGAACUACUCGAAGGACCAGCAUUCAUGAUUUUCUGUCCAAGGACAAUAGGCAGCCUGUGUCAGUUGAUCCAGCACCAUCUACUGCUGACAGAAGUGUUUCAUCAGCAUCUAAUGUGGAAGCUAUACCAGAAAGCAGAAAUGCAAAAAGCAGGUCUAGGGAGCAACAAAGCUCCUAAUUCUAUUCCCCACUACAUGAGGUGUGGGCCAAGUGAGAGAAAAGUGUCCUUCAGUAUCUCAAUAUGAAGCCUUUAUUUCUGAAGUAACAAGACAGCGACUGUAGGAAUCAUUAAUAAAAAUUAAGGGAUU